AUGGUAUUCCGAGGCCCUCCUACACUCACGCCCAAUGCUGAGUGUCUUGCCAUCAUGCAGGCAAACCAGCAAAACUCGCCGCUCCUUCGCCUCCCAGCAGAGCUCCGUCAAAUGGUAUACAACUACGCCCUUGACACCAACUCCGCCGCUUCUCCGGGCACCCUCUGUCGCGCAUCGCGGCAGUUAUUUGCAGAGACAUCUGAAGACUAUUUCAAGCAAAAUUUCAUCGUCCAAUACCUGCAAACGCAUCAUUACGAGGACCUUGAGGAGCUGGAGCGUCACAUCAAACAUCUCGGUCCUGAUCAGCGCGGGGGUUUCCGCGAGCUCAUACUGAACAACAAAGUCCUUUUGCAGCUACGGCAAUUAAAGGAAGACGAAUGCCUGCUGUCGCAUUUUCCCAAUCUUCAUUGCAUCUCCUUGAGAUCGCAAGUUGGCGUUGCGGAAGAUAUGCUUGACUAUGCAAGACAAUGGAGUGAAUUUCUACGACCGAGACUUGGAUCUUCUGUUUGCUACAGGCUUCAGUUUAAAUGGAAUCCCAUCUAG